CUUCCACGUGAAAUAUACCGCGUUAUCAGUUGAACUGGCGGAGUGCAGCUAGGUCCAAGGUCCGGGAUAUCAGCCUAGUCUGUCUGAGGACUUUGUUUCGCCAGGUGUUCCUGACAAGUGACUUCAUUGGCCGCCAACCGCAGGGCCCAGAUGUUCAAGCGAACUGACAUUGGCAUGAGUGAAAGACAGAAAAUAUUUUUUCUCUUUUCUCGCUUUCCACCGACAGGCAGGAAUAUUCCAGCAUGCCUGGAGAUGGAGAGGACACCUACGUGUGCACGCUUCCUGACUGGCUCCAAGAGAAGGCAGAAAAGGAGUUGAAGGAACGGAAGGAAACCCGAGCAGACGACAUCAAAGCCAUCCGACAUUGGCUAGAGAAACAGCCUCAUCUUCAAAGCGUGCCUCGAGACGAUCAGACGAUUCUCAUGUUCCUGCGGGGAUGCAAGUUCAGCUUGGAGAGGACUAAGGAAAAGCUGGACAUGUUUUUCUCCAUCAAAACUCUGUUGCCCGAAUUCUUCGAGAACGGGGACCCGAUGCAUCCGACGAACCGGGCUAUUUUACGCCUUGGGACAUGCCUUCCGAUCGAGGGCAAGUACGAUGCCGAAGGAAGGAAAAUCAUAAUCAUGAGGGUGGCUGUUCACGAUCCUGACAAGUUCAAGCAGGAAAACAUAUUCCGUGUCAAUUGCUUCAUCAUGGAUAUCAUCCUGCACGAAGACGAGCAGACACAAAUCUGCGGCUUCAUCGGGGUAAUGGACAUGGCUGGAAUGACGUGGGCACACGGCAUGGCAAUCAGCCCAACUUUGGCAAAAAAGUCCAUGACAGCCUGGCAGGAUGGAUAUCCAACGAGGCCAAAGGGAUUCAAUUACAUCCACACCCCUUCCUAUUUCGAGACCAUUUUCAACAUCUUCCGUGGUUUCAUGAAGGAGAAGAUGAAACGAAGGCUCAGCAUUCACGGGAGUAGAUUGGAAUCUUUGCACCAGAACGUUCCACCAGAUCUUCUGCCCGAAGAGCUGGGUGGAACAUAUGGAAACUACAACGACAUGGCUGAUUACUGGAUGAAGAAGGUCCUGAGCAAUCGUGAAGUGAUCAUGGAGAGAGCAAAGCAGAAGUCAAACGAGAAACUCCGUCCCGGGAAAGCCAAGAGCGUCGAGGAUGUCUUUGGCAUCGAGGGAUCGUUCAGGAAGCUCAACGUGGAUUGA